AUGUCCGAUCCAUUCUCUGUCAGCGCUGGAGUGGUCGGCGUGGUGUCUCUUGGCCUUACCCUUGGACAGGGUUUCUUGCGCUACUACACGCCGUGGCACGACUAUGAUGAUGAGAUUCGAGGGUUUACCGCCAAAGUCAAUGGCCUUUUACGCACCUUACGCCUGCUCAAUAGCUUCUUGUCGCCGGAAACUGAACUACACCUUCCAUCUGACCAAUAUUGCCUUUUAGUGCAGGAUAAUCUAGCAUCCUGCGAAAAGGCAUGUCGGCGCCUGGAGAAGAUAUUGGAGGAAUGCAAAUCCACCACCUCGAACGUUCCAAGUUCGUCUUCUAUGUCGAAACGUGAUCGGUUUCGACUUCAUGUUGAGAGAGCCGCCUACCCUUUCAAGAAGGGGACAUUGGUUACACUGUCAGAAUUGGUGUCGGGUUUGCAAGAUAACCUGAAUCUCGCUGUUCAGCUCCUGACAAGCGCUCUCAUGCGUCAGCAACAGAGGCAGAUACAAGACGUCAUAUCAAGAACGUCAUCUAUUGACCUGAAAACAACGAAAAUACUCACGGUCGUCGAGCAGCAAGAAACAGGCACCAGCUCCCAAGCUGUUUUUCAGAGCUCGUCAAUUAGGUCUAGAGCGACUCAUCCCAUCCAGCCCGCGAUGCCAGAACCGAGUCUACUACGAGACCUUUGUGACAAACAGCAGCUCAUGAAUUCCUGGUUGCGGAGGAAGCGAAGGGUGCCCGGGUCACAAAUCGAGCAGAUCUCACAAUACUGUACCUGCCGUCGGAUGACGCGAUUUGGAUCACAGAGCCACCGGUCUUUUGGCCGAUGGUUCUUCCCCGCGUCCUCAUGCUCGACCUAUUCGCUGCACGAAGAGUCCUGCCCGUUGUAUGUCGACGGUCAACAGGCGUCAGGGUUUGCCGGGAGUUUCACAUUCUGCAACAGAUUUCUGGGGUUUUCAGUGCAGGUCAUGAUGACUCUGACGAGGGGCGCAGGCUCCUUUGCAAUUAGCCCAGUGAUUCGGAUGCAGGCUGUGGUGAGCCGCGACUCCCCAGCGUUUUUCUAUCUACACCAUGCUGGCAUUGAUAGAGAUGCCAAUUUUGAAGAGAUACAAGCGGCUCUUCUCAGGAUGUUCCACACCGGGGAGGCCAGCCCAACGGAUCGUCUUGAGGAUGGGAGCACAAUCUUACAUGCGCUUUGCUCCUCCUACAUCGAGGCCGAAAUCAGGCGUGAGUCAAAAUCCCUUGGCGAUUUCAAAGCAUUGGUCAAGUCAAUGAUCGAUGCUGGUGUACCUUACAACGAGCGCGAUAUCCGUGGCAGCACGGUAUCUGACCGCCUUAUUCGUUAUGGUCGCUUCAAUGAAGUGGAAGGUCACUUGUCUCCAUCUGACCAGAAGUUGGGCGCUCUGGAAAUUCUUUUGAAUUCCGGUGGAUCCCUGAAUUCGCCUGUGCUGGAGAAUGGUGGGAGCUGGUACUGUGACGCAUCACAAGUUGCACGAUAUCUACUGCCAAGAUUUCUCCACGAGUUUGAGUUUAUGGAGAUCGAAAUUGCCAUUUUAACCAGAUCAGAAGAAUCUCUCAAGCGUUGUUUGAUGCCAGAGGAUAACCAACGAUUUCAUGACGCAUUCAUCACGGGAUACUUUCACCUUCUCCAUCUGUCCCUGGGCUGGCCGGAUGGGCUGGUCCUGUUGUUGGAGUCGCCGCUACGUCAGUCCGCUGACCUUAUCAAAGACGGUCCCCGUUUCGUACACCCAGUUGGGGAUUGUUUUUGCUGGGCAUGCUAUGAGGGGGAAACCGAAUGUGCCUUAAUACUUCUGGGAUUCCUUGAAUUCGUUGAACUGGGUCAUCUAUUUGCAGCGGCCGAUCUCAAGGACGUCUCCAUUCUAAUAGGGAUAAUUUCGGCCCUGGGCAAAUCCCGACAUGACCUCCAGAAGCUGGCUCUAGAACACUUGCCGGAUGAUGUUGUGCGAGCACUUUCUCUGCCAAUCAGCGGACUCUUGGACACCAAAGCUUUUGACGUGCACAGGGAAUCGGAAGACUGCAACAUUGAUGUGCCCUUGCACUGGAAAUUGACCGCCUCUGUAUACAGUGUGGUGGGUGGCGACAUAGCAAUCUUCGAACGUCUUUAUGCUGCUGGAUUUACGGAAUUAAACCAGUGUGGUAGAAACGGCAUCACACCCCUCAUGAAGCUUCUUGAUCAUCAGAGACCCUCACCUGACCCGUAUGCUCCUUUAAAGAGCGUGGAAUGGAUGGUCCGUUGGGGUGCCAGCCUCUAUCAAGUCUCAGGGGAUGGGUAUGCUUCAAUCUUCUAUCUAAGCACCCGCAUUGGAAUGAUCCUACGAUCUUGGGGAAAACGGUACUCUCAAGACAAGAGUCUUGCAUCGCUCACGACCACACAGGAUCUAGAAACGAUCAAGUGCCUUUGUCUGCUCAUGCCGGCCGGCUCACGGGACGGCUGCUCAUGCGCGUGUACAUCUGGAAAUGGUGGCUGCACCUCAUUUCAGCAGAUGCUUCGAGCCUUCAUCAGAGUCCGUUACGAGAGCUUCUGGGAAUCCGCUUUCGCAUCACUCGCCGCCAUGAUUGACGAGCUCCUGAAUUUUCCAUCAAAACCUCUUUCAGCCGAUCACGGUCUUGAUAUUUCUCAUCAGCUCCUGCGCUACCUACAUUCGAAGCCCUGGAAAUAA